AUGAUAGAGAAUCCCUUCCGGCUCGGCUCGGCGUCGUGUCAGAUCUUCUUUUCGGGUUCGCGGCUUGACGUUUACACAGUCCGCAAGAUUGUGAAAGAAGCGAGUCAUCUGAAACGAGAUCCAUGGGAUGCGAAGAUCGAUUGCGAUUGCGUUAACGGCGAAGGGUUUCUUAAUCGGCAUCUUCUGGAGAAAGGUAAUCCUAGAGCUGCUCUCUCAUUUAGCCUAUCCGAUUUCCGGGCAUUUUCUGGUAGCAGUGAUAACCGAGAGAGAUUGAGAAAUGGGCUUCACUCUAUUAAUUUGGACGAUGCACUUGAUUUGUUCUGUGACAUGGCUGAGUCUCGUCCCCUUCCUUCCGUUGCUGAUUUCAGUAGACUAUUGACUGCCAUUGCCAAGAUGAAGAAGUAUGAUAUUGUGAUAUAUCUCUUUAGUCAGAUGGAAAAGUUGGGAAUUCCACAUGAUCUCUAUAGCUUAAGUAUUUUAAUAGACUGUCUAUGCCGAUGCGCUCAACUUAAUCUUGCUCUAUCUUUUCUUGGGAAGAUGAUGAAGCUUGGUUAUGAGCCCAGCGUAGUUACCCUUGGCUCACUGGUCAAUGGAUUCUGUCAGGGGAAUAGAAUUUACGAUGCCAUGUCUCUGGUUGAUCAGAUGGUGGGAUUGGGAUAUGAACCUAACGUUGUUAUCUACAACACGGUCAUUGAUAGUCUCUGCGAAAACCGACACUUGAAUACUUCGCUGGACGUUUUGAACCGUAUGGAGAAUUCAGGAAUUAGACCGGAUGUUGUUACCUACAACUCUCUCAUUACUGGGUUUUUCAAUUCUAGUAUAUGGGGUGUCUCUGCUCGUCUACUUAGCGAUAUGAUGAUGAAGGGAAUCAACCCGGAUGUAAUCACUUUCAGUGCUAUGAUCGAUGCGUAUGUGAAAGAUGGGCAGCUUUUAGAGUCUAAAAAACUGCACAAGGAGAUGAUUCGUAGGUCAAUAGAUCCCAAUAUCGUCACUUACAAUUCAUUGAUCAACGGGCUUUGCAUUCACAGUCGUCUAGAUGAGGCCAAAAAUACGUUUAGUUUUAUGGUAAGGAAAGGUUGCUUCCCAAAUCUGGUGACUUAUAACACUCUCAUAAAUGGAUUUUGCAUGUCCAAGAGAGUAGAUGAUGGGAUGAUCUUCUGUGUGAUGUUGCGUGAUGGAUUGGUUGGUGACUCAUUCACUUACAACACUCUUCUCCAAGGUUAUUCUCAAGUUGGGAAAUUUAAUGGUGCUGAAAAGGUUUUAUGUCGGAUGGUUUCUUGUGGCGUGCCUGCUGAUAUGUUUACCAACAACAUUUUGUUAGACGGUCUAUGUGAGCAUGGGAAGUUAAAAAGAGCAUUGGUGAUAUUGGAGGAUAUGCAAAAGAGUGAAAUGGAUCUUGGUAUUAUUACGUAUAAUAUUAUCAUCAAAGGUAUGUGCAAGGCUGCUAAGGUGGAAGAUGCUUGGUAUUUAUAUUGCAGUCUCGCACUCAAAGGAGUAACGCCUGAUGUUAUAACGUACACUACAAUGAUGAUAGGAUUGUGUAGGAAAGGACUAUGGCGUGAAGCGCAUGAGCUGUAUAGAAUGAAAGAAGAUGGGCUUAUGCCAAUUGAGUGGGCGUAUACAAAGUAG